AUGGCUGAAGAAUCUAAAAAGGAUGUUGGGGAGUCCCCUACAUCUACAGACACCGAGGUUAAGACGACAAAGAAGAAGGGAAUACUAUCAAGAAUGUGGAAUGCACUAUUUAGAUUACGUGGAGAUGAUUUUGAGAAGAAACUGCAACACAUAACCAAGGAAGAGGUUGCUGUUCUUGCCAGAAUUAGAAGACGUUCUCAGCGUUGGCGGUGGAUGUCUCGUAAUCUCAUUAUAUUUUCUGUACUAUUGGAGUUAAUUGCAGUGGGUUAUGCUAUCAUGACUACAAGAUCAUUAGACUUGAACUGGAAAAUGAGGGCAUUGCGAGUCUUGCCUAUGUUUCUUCUGCCAGCAUUAUCUUUCAUUUCUUAUUCAGCAGUAGGAAGCUUCACAAGAAUGUGUGAUCGGAAGGACCAUAAGACUUUGGAAAAGCUUCGGACCGAGAGGCAAGCAAAAAUAGAUGAACUCAAACAGAAGACAAAUUACUACACUACCCAACAGCUUAUACAGAGGUACGACCCUGACCCGGCAGCCAAGGCAGCCGCUGCAAGUGUACUUGCAUCCAAGUUGGGUGCUGAUUCGGGUCUGAAAGUAUAUUUUGGGGAAGAGAAUAAGAUGGAUGCCCCUACUGGAAAGAGCAAUGAUGUGGAAGUUGCAAGGACUACUGGACUUCGUAACAGGAAGGCAUCUAACUCUAAAUUUGAAGGCCCGGAGACUGCAUCUAUGUACCAUCCUGAAGAAGGCAUGCUUGAUAAAAUGGAGUUUGAGGGCGGCCUUGAUGAUAUUUCUCAGCAACAUCAAUUGGUUGUUGAACAUCGCCCUCAAACAGGUGGAAUUUCACAAGAUGGGGGAUGGCUUGCUCGAAUCGCUGCAUUGCUUGUGGGGGAGGACCCCACACAAUCUUAUGCACUUAUAUGUGGAAACUGCCAUAUGCAUAAUGGGCUUGCAAGGAAAGAGGACUUUCCGUACAUAACUUACUAUUGUCCUCACUGCAAUGCAUUGAAUAGACCUAAACAAGUGGAUGAAGGGGUUCCGGGUGGAUCAAAUUCUCCAACACCAACUAGCGUGGACAAUAAGGAGGUGGUUGCCAGUGGUUCCGUUGUUGACACGAUUUCUGCUAGCGGUACUGUGGCUGCUGCUGUGGAAACAACAUUGGAAGGUAGUUGA